AUGGGUAUGUUUCGCCGUUUGAAGACGAGUGGGAGAAAAAAGAAAGGAACAGAAAACGAAAAGCAUACCGAGAAGCCAGCCGAAGAAUUAUUCUCCACAGCAGGCGCAUACGGACUCAGGACAGUAGCGGAGGGAGACCAUGAUGUCGCAGAUAUCGUAUUGGUCCACGGCCUCACUGGGAACCGCGAAACUACAUGGACGUACAGAAAGACCAUUUUCUGGCCCAAAGACCUUCUCGCCAAUGACCUAAAAAACGUGCGCAUCUUCACGUUUGGAUACGAUGCAGAUAUAGUCAAGCUACUCAACAUCGCCGGCGGAAACACUAGCAACCGCCCAGUAAUCUUCAUAGCCCACAGCCUCGGCGGCCUAGUCGUCGAACAAACCCUCCUAAUCUCCCGCGGCACCUCGGAACUACACGUGAAAACGCUCCUCACCUCCACCUUCGCAAUAGCCUUCAUGGGAACCCCCCACCUGGGCUCGCGGAAAGCAGACUGGGCGCACCCUCUCACGCAACUCUCUUCCCUCCUCCGGAAGACGAACAGAGAGCUCGUCGCAGUCCUAGAACCAGCCUCAGGAAUGCUAGCAACCCUCCAACAAGAAUUCCACAGCAUGCUCGAAGACAAACGACGCAACGAAGGGAAAUGGAUCGAAAUAUUUUGCUUUUACGAGGAGUUGAGUUACAGUGGGAUAGGAGAUAUCGUCCCGCUGGGGUGA